GGCUUAUUAAUGUGAAAAGUGCACGUGUAGUAUUCCUUAGUAUAUAAAGAUAAAAAUGAACAUCAGUAAAAAAGCCUUAAAGUUUACCAAACAAACGGCUAUUCAAUUGAAAGAUUCAUACAGUCUGAGAGAUGAUUAUGACAAAGAGGAAUUGAAGAGAACAUUUAUAGAGGCAGUAAAGAGUAUAUCAAAGAAAGAUAUAAAGACUGAAAUUCUACAAAAUGUUGACAAAUAUGUUAAAAAGUUAGAUAAAUUUCUUAGGAAAUCUCAAACCAGGCAGCAUGUUAGAGAGGAGGAAGAUUUGCCAGAAUUUGUAUAUAAUUUAUAUCAGCAAGAUGGACAUCAACUUCAAAACACAGAGAGUAAAACAGAAAAAGAAAGAGAAAUAUUGGUGAACCAAAUUAUAGCUGAAAGAAUUCACAAGGACCCAGAGGUGUUAAAUUUGUUAGAUGAUUUCCCACCAAAGGAUGAAAAUUUUCCACAAUUAUCCAGUUGUCACAAGUUGCUUAAGUUGACUUCAGGAUCAAAGCAUGCAGAGACAUUACGACAAAUAAUGCUAAAAUAUUUCAGAGUUGUACAGACUCAAGCAGAGGAUUUAGUGACUGAACAGGAAACAGACAGAUGCUCUGAGAUGGCAAAAGAAAUAAGAAAUUUUGUUAGUGUAUGUCAUCUGAGAAAACAACACUGUGAUCAGUGUGGAGAUGAGAAAAAGCCAUCAUAUGAAGAUAUUUUGACAUCACUUUUAUCACUAUAUGUGGAAUUGUUCUUGCAGUCUAAUAAAUCAGGAAAUAACAAAAACAAGACAGGGAGACAACUCUGUGGCUUUGUAAAGUACUUGUUACCAUGGCAGCAACAUCAGCUAGACUUACUUUUACAAUUGUCAUCAGUCACAGAAGAAGAUGCAAUAGUUAUUCUCCCUCUGGCAAGAGCUAUAUUGAAGAAGACAGAAGAGUAUCCAGAGGAAAAGAUUUAUCUUAGACAGGUUCUGGCUGUAAGGUCCCUCCAUAGUAAAAUAGGGGAUGCAGUAGACAGCAUCAAUGAGACAAUGAAGUCAGUGUCAGCGCCAAGAAAACUGCUGUCAUGGUUACAAAAGCAAGAUGCUGAACUUUUUGAAGAACUUCCUAAUGAUAAAAAAUUUAAGGGGACCAUUGUGACAAAGUUUUUGUUGGAGGACGCUACAGAAGAACAGAUUGAAAGACUAACAGAUAUAUUUUCUUAUAAUGAAGCAGAGGAUGAAGAGCAAUCACCAACGGAUGAACCUCCAUCUGAUGAAACACCAUCUACUAAACAGAAAGGAGAAGAUUUAGAACAGCUGAAUUUUUUUAUUGAUACUGGAGUGAAACAGGACAAGUUGGAAUCAGCUGCCAGUAAAGAUUUAUUCUACAUCGAUAAGGGAGGAUUAGCUUUAGGACAGAAUAAAACAGAAGACAGGAAGGACCAAUCAGAGGAUGAAAAUGAGGCUGAUGUUGCCAUGGAUACAGAUCAUAAUGAUAAUGUUGACAAGAUGGACAUGGCAAUAUUUCACAUUGAUACCUCUUUUACUCGGACAUUGAAAAAAGAUGAAAACAAACAUUUGGAAGAAAACCAGACGGAAAUAAUUACUUGCGAUGAACAAACAUUGGAAGCUGAUAAACACGACAGUCUUGAGGAAUCAAGUGAGAAAAUAGAGAAUUCAAAGAAAUCAAAGAGGAGACAGUCAGAGCCUGUGAGUAAGAUAGAUACACCAAACAAAACAAGACGAAAAAGUGAAGCAUACAGUUUAAAGAAAGGUAUGACAUUACGUACAAGAAAAAGUAUCACAUCACAUGAUUAGCAGAUUUGAGUUGAUUGGUUCACAACUUUAAAUUACUCAGAAGGAGACCUUUAAAAAAUUUAUAUGAAAGAAUUAUUUUUCUUCAAAUGAAUAGAUUUGGUAAAUGAGUUUUAGCAGAUACUGUGCUUUGGUUGAAUGUCUUAAAUAUCUAGUAAGGACAAAUUUUAUACUUGCAUUAUUAAUAUCAAAGAAUGAUAAAUAUAUGAAUUUAUGUUAAUGAUAUGUAAAUUUUUAUAGUUAUGAAGGAAUAAAAGUUCAUGCCCAAGGACAA